GUUUCAUUCUCUUCCUCCAGAAUUUUCACAAAGUAAACAUCCUUUCUUCUUCCUCCUCGUUUCUCAUUUAUACUCCCUCUCUCUCUCUCUCUCCAAGAAGAACCAGAUAGAGAGAGAGUUACACAAUGGCUUCAACCUCCUUACGCUCCUCCUCACUCUUCUUCGGAUCCAACAUCAUAAUCUCAUCCCCCACUCCCAAAACCACCAAACCCUCCUUCCCCUUCUCCUUCAGAAUCACUCGAUCCUCCCUCCAGAUCGAUGACAACAACAACAACAAACCCUUAAAGUCACUCCCUUCACGAGCCGCCUUAGCAGCAAUCCUCUUCUCAUCAUCUCUCUCCCCUUCCCCAAAAGCCCUAGCUUUAGACCAACCCCUUCCCCCCACCCAACCCAUCGUCAUCGAAGCUCAAUCACCAAACCCCUCCUCCCCCUUCAGCCAGAACCAGGUCAUAACCGCCCCCAACCCGAAAUCGACACAAUCCUCGGAUCUCCCCGACGGGUCUCAGUGGCGGUACAGCGAGUUCCUCAACGCGGUGAAGAAGGGCAAAGUCGAGAGAGUCAGGUUCAGCAAAGACGGCUCCGUUCUCCAGCUCACCGCCGUCGAUAACCGCCGCGCCUCCGUCGUGGUCCCCAACGACCCCGAUCUCAUCGAUAUCCUCGCCAUGAACGGCGUCGACAUCUCCGUCUCCGAGGGCGAGUCCGGCAACGACCUCUUCACCAUCAUCGGGAACUUGAUUUUCCCCAUCCUCGCCUUCGGCGGGCUUUUCCUCCUCUUCAGGAGAGCCGGCGGUGGGCCUGGUGGGCCUGGAGGGUUGGGUGGGCCGAUGGAUUUCGGGAGGUCAAAGUCGAAGUUUCAGGAAGUUCCCGAGACCGGCGUCUCCUUCGCUGACGUGGCGGGAGCCGACCAGGCUAAGCUCGAGUUGCAGGAAGUUGUCGACUUUUUGAAGAAUCCGGACAAGUACACUGCCUUGGGCGCCAAGAUUCCCAAAGGGUGUCUCCUCGUGGGUCCCCCCGGGACUGGUAAGACUCUGUUAGCUAGAGCUGUUGCUGGAGAAGCCGGUGUGCCGUUCUUCUCCUGCGCGGCUUCUGAGUUUGUUGAGCUUUUCGUCGGUGUGGGUGCGUCUAGGGUUAGGGAUUUGUUCGAGAAGGCUAAGGCCAAGGCGCCUUGCAUUGUUUUUAUCGAUGAGAUUGAUGCUGUGGGGAGGCAGAGAGGAGCUGGGAUGGGAGGAGGGAAUGAUGAGAGGGAGCAGACGAUUAAUCAGCUCUUGACUGAGAUGGAUGGGUUCUCUGGUAACUCUGGUGUGAUUGUGUUGGCUGCUACGAAUAGACCUGAUGUGUUGGACUCUGCGUUGUUGAGGCCUGGGAGGUUUGAUAGGCAGGUGACGGUUGAUAGGCCUGAUGUUGCUGGCAGAGUCAAGAUUCUUCAGGUUCAUUCUAGAGGGAAGGCGAUUGGUAAAGAUGUGGACUUUGAUAAGGUUGCGAGGAGGACUCCGGGUUUCACCGGCGCUGACUUGCAGAACCUGAUGAAUGAAGCGGCGAUUCUUGCGGCGAGGCGUGAGCUUAAGGAGAUAAGCAAGGAUGAGAUCUCUGAUGCGCUUGAGAGGAUCAUUGCUGGACCUGAGAAGAAGAAUGCUGUUGUCUCUGAUGAGAAGAAGAGACUUGUUGCAUACCAUGAGGCUGGUCAUGCUCUAGUGGGUGCUCUUAUGCCAGAGUAUGAUCCUGUUGCCAAGAUUUCCAUCAUUCCUCGUGGCCAAGCUGGUGGGCUUACCUUUUUCGCUCCCAGUGAAGAAAGACUCGAGUCUGGAUUGUACAGUAGAAGCUACCUCGAGAAUCAGAUGGCUGUUGCACUUGGUGGAAGGGUUGCAGAGGAGGUGAUCUUCGGGGAUGACAACGUGACGACUGGAGCAUCAAAUGAUUUCAUGCAGGUGUCUCGUGUGGCACGUCAAAUGAUCGAGAGGUUCGGGUUCAGCAAAAAGAUUGGACAAGUAGCCGUUGGUGGCCCUGGUGGAAAUCCCUUCAUGGGUCAACAAAUGUCUUCACAGAAAGAUUACUCAAUGGCAACUGCUGAUAUAGUAGAUGCUGAGGUGAGAGAGCUGGUGGAGAAGGCGUACAAGAGAGCCACAGACAUCAUAACAACUCACAUUGAUAUCUUGCACAAGCUUGCGCAGCUCUUGAUCGAGAAAGAAACUGUUGAUGGAGAAGAGUUCAUGAGUCUCUUUAUUGACGGCCAAGCUGAGUUGUAUGUUUCUUAGAUUUUAUCAAAAUAUUCCAAAGUUGACAUUUGCUUUUAAAUACCAUUAGCUGUUAAUGUAAUACUAGACCCAUUACCCAUUUGCGUAUAUAUUUUCUUUUGUAAAAUACUCUGUUUCUACUUGGACUGAAUCCUUAUGAACCA